AUGGAAAGACGCCAGCAACUGACUCCGCCCGGCGGCCUGGAGCCAACUGACUCUUCAAGAAAUGCCCAAUUCGCUGCUUCCGGGCAGUUUGCCCAGCUCAUUUCUGGAAGCACUUCUUUAGCUGAGGCCUACAUUUCUAUGGAAAGCGGGGUUGAGCAGCAAGGGCAGCUGCAGCAGAUGCUAGGCGUUGACAUCAGCCUCGAGCUGCGGCAGCUGCAGCGCGAGGAGGGAGAAGUCAUUGUGGAGCAGCAGCUUAUUGAGGUCCAGUCGCAGCUUGAAGCACUUAGAUGCGGACAGCAGCAACUAGAGGACUCACAGUCUCCUCAAAUGAGAAAAAGUCUUUCCCCCAGUCACAGCCAGCUGCCCUAUGAGCUGCAGCGCAUGCACUUGGGUCCCCCGCUUCCGCUGCAGCGACAAGUGGAUGACCAGCUGCAGCAGCUGCUGCUGGAGCCAGCGCAGCACAAUGCAGAUGGGGCUCAGCGGCCAGACCGGUCGCCGUCUUCCCAGCAGCAGCAGCAGCAGCAGCUGGGGCGGCAGCUGCAGCAGCAACAGCAGCCGAGCGUGCGCCGCCAGCAGCAGCGCCAGGGGCGUCAGCGGAGAAGACAAUCCAACUACCUGCAGCCAAGCCAGACGCAACAACAAGAAGAGCGGCAGCAGCCGCAGCGACAAGAGCGGGGAGGACAACAAGAAAUACAGCAGCAGCAACAGCAGGAGCGGGAGCAGCUGCGGCAGCACCAGCAGCAGCAACAACAGGAGCAGGAGCAGGAGCACGACCUGCAGCAGCAGGGGGAACAGGAGGAACAGGAGCAGCAGCGCCGCCAGCCCCCGUCGCCGCUGCAGUUUUCUAUGUUGGAGCAGCAGCAGCAGUUGGAAGCCGAGGAGCAGCAGACCGACAUGGAAUUUGUGCAGCAAGACAUAGAAACAGUAGAGGGUGUUGCAACGCAGCAGCAGCUUCUGCUGCUGUCCCCGCCUUCGCAGCAGGCAGCGGAAGCGGCAGUGGAUUGCGAAGCAGCAGCAGCAGAAGAGUUGGAGCAAGUGCUUUCGCUCUGCGUUGAGCAGGAGCUGCUGCAGCAACAGUUGGAAGAGGCGCAGCAGCAGUCCCUGACGCAAAAGAUUGAAUGUUUUGAAAGUCUGUCUUGCGAUCCUGAAGAAGAACUGUCUGCUGAGCAGCAGCAAGAGCAGCUGAGGCUCAGCGAAGACAGCUGCAGCGAACUCUCAGCGCUGGAGCAGCAAAAGCUGCAGGAAAUUGAAGACAUGAGGCAGCAGCAGAGCAGCGAGCUGGAGGGGAUCUUGCGGAAGCACAAGGAGCAGCUGAAGAGGCUGAAGUCGAUGCAGCGCAGCCAAGGGGGGCUGCAGCCGAAGUUGAAUCGGCCGCAGCAACGGGAGCGGCAGCAACGGCAUGCGCAGCAGCAGGAAGAGCUGAGGCACCUGCACCAUCUCCAAGUCAGCGAAGUGGAGCAGCGGCAUCAGAAGGAAAUGGAUGCGCUCAUUCGAAAGAUCAACGACGACUUGGGCCUGCCGCAGCCCCCGACGCCCCCGCAGCAAAAGCAGCAGCAGCAGCAGCCGAAGCCGCGGGAGUACCUGCGCAAAGUGCACGCGAGCCCCAUGAAAGAGGAAGACGUGCACGCCGUUGUGCAGCAGCAAAUGCUGCUGAACCACGAAGAGGAGGCCUUUUUGGUUGAAGAAGAAAGAGAGAGACAAAAGAAAAUUCAGGCGGAAAGACAACUCUAUAGAGAACAAAUGAUGGCAGCAGGCCAGUCAGUGCCCCAAGAACAGCCCAAGAGAAAGCCCGUGACUCUCGUGGACACUGAGCACUUGGGCGGCUUCAACCAGCUGCAGCAGCUACGGCUGCAAGCCGACGCAGAGCAGCAGCUGCAGCAGCAGCAGCAGCAGCACGAUCAGCAGCAGCAAUGGGCCGAAGGCGAGGGGCCCCGCAAGCAGAAAACAGUGCGAAACUUCACCAAGGAGCAGCUUCUUCAAGACGCAGGAAAGCUCAACAAACUUCUAGAACAUCUGAGACCUGAAAAAGGCAUUCAGGGUCUCAGAGAGCGACAGCUACAGGAGCAGCUGCGGCUGGUGGAGCGCAAAGAGGGCGACGAAGACCCUGAGCAGCAGCAGCAGCAACAGCAGCAGCUGCAGCAGCAGAUCGGCGACUUGGCGCUGCUGCAGGCUGAAGACACGCAGCAGCAAGAGCUGCAGCAUACGCCCCUUCGUUUUGGCCCGCUGAGCCAGCUGCUGCAGCAAAACGACCAACUGCAGCAAACGCCAACUAGCCCCCUGCUGCACUUGCCCGCUGGGCAGCUCGCAGCGCAGCCCUCAGCGCCAGCAGCGUCGCAGCAGCAGGAAACAGCAGGCCUAAGCCCUGCCACGCAGCAGCAGCAGCAGCAACAGCAGCAGUUUUUUGAUAGCCCUGUGAUAGGGAAUAUGAGGCUCAUUUUGGAGCAGGACAGAGAGAGGCAAACAGACCAAAGUGACGAGGAGGAGGAGGAGGAGGAGGAGGAGCAGCAGCAGCAGCAACACGAGACCGGAAUAGCCGAAGAAGCAAGAUUCCCAAGACCGCCUCAGCAGCACCAGAGGCAGCUGCUAGGGCUCCUGCAACAGGUUGCAGAAGCAAAUGUAGCUCGAGACCCAAUAAGCCCUACUGGCGCUCAACAGCAACAGAAGGCCCUUCAAAAGCAGCUCCAAGAAUCGUGUUCAACGCAGCAGCUGACGCUGCAGCACGAGCAGCAGCAGCUGCAGCAGGACCUCCUGGAGGCUCCGGCAGGAGGGCCUCAGCAGCAGAAGCAGCAGCGGCCCGCACAGGAAGCGCAGAGCAAGGGCUGCCAGAUGGGAGAAACCCUGGAGCCCGCAGCAGCUCUGGAAGGCCCCACUAGAAUGCAGCAGCAGGAGCAGCAGCAGCAAGAGACCGAACUGCCAGCUCAUGCAGGCCUGCUGCAGCAGCCCCUGGCCGCACGUGGGAGUCUUGGGUAUGUGGGCGAGGCUCUCAAUGAGCAGCAACAAACUCAGCAACGACAGGAGCAGCAGCAGAGGCUUCACGGGCCUCUUUUGCGAGAACUUUGCAAACAACACCUAAACUUGCCGCUGCUGCAGCCGCAGCAGCUGCUGCUGCUGCAGCAGCAGCCGCAGCCAGCACUCGAGCAGUCCACGGAGCCACCGGAGCGGCUGCUGCGGCAGAUGGGACUUCAGCAACCAACACUGCGGCAGCAGCUGGCGCAGCAACAACAACAAGAGCUACAGCAGCUCCAAGCAGUGCAGCAGCUCCAGGAACACUCUUAUUUGCAACAACAGCAGCAGAGGCAGAACGUGUCGCAGCAGCACCAACUGACGCAGCUGAAAGCAGCACCGAUGCAACAGACGCAAGCACAGCCGAUGCUGAAUAUUCAACAAGCUCAGAGUGGCCAACUGCAGCAGCAGCAGCAGCAGCACACAGGGACGCAGUGGGAGCAAAUAAGGAGACUGCAUUUGCAAGAACGCCUGCACGUGCGGCGAAUGAUCGAACAGCAGCAGCAGACACUGCAGCUGCACCAGCGAGCGCUGCAGCUGCAGCGAGCAAUGCACCUGCAGCAGCAAGCACUGCAAAGACGCCAGUCGACUCAGCCGCAGCAAAGCUCGCUGCUGCAGCAGCCCGCGGGGCGGCAGAUGUUUUCGCAGCUGCAGCCGCCGGCACAGCUGCAGCUGGAAAGGCAGGUGGAGCAGCAUAUACAGCAGCACCAGCAGUCCCCCACAAGAGAACUGCAGCAAACAAUGGGCUGGGAGCAGACACAGCUGCACAGGCUGCUGCAGCAGCUGGCACAAAGCAAUCCCUGGCAAGCUGCGCAGCCGCUGCAGGAGCUGGGCCAGGCCGCGCUGAAUGCGCAGUUUCCGCUGCAGCUGCACAUAUCGCAGCAGCUGGUGAGGCUGCGUCUGCAGCAGCAGCUGCAGCAGGUGAGGCCCGUACAGCCAUCAAAUCAAGUGCACCAAUUGAUGCAGCUGCAGCAACGCCCGCCGCGACAAACCUCGCAGUCCCCCCAGCAGCUGCAGCCGCUGGAGCAAGGAGCGCAGGUUCUGACAGCUCCGCCGCAGUCUAUAAAUGCGCCGCAGCAGCCACCGCAGCAACAGCCACCGCAGCAGAAGCCACCGCAGCAGCAGCCACCGCAGCAGCAGCUGCAGCAGCAGCAGCUGCAGCAGAAGCAGCAGAAGCAGCAGCUGCAGCUGCAGCAGCAGCUGCAGCAGCAGCUGCAGCAGCAGCUGCAGCAGCAGCAGCAGCAACACCAGCAACAGCAACAGCAACAGCAACAGCAGCAACAGCAACAGCAGCAACAGCAGCAAGUGCCGAACGUCAGGCAGGCUGCACACCAAAUGCAGCGACUGCAGCCGCAGCUGCUGCUGCAGGUGCCUAUAGAAAAUGAAAGAGGCCAUAUCGGUGCUGCUAUUUUUGCGCAGCGGCAGCUCAGGCUGAAGCAGCUUCAGGAGCAAGUGAAGCAGCAGCAGCAAAUGCAGCAGCAAAUGCAGCAGCAAGCGCUGCAGGGAGAGCAGCAGAGGCAGCGACAGCAACAGGAAGCCUGGAAGCAAAUGCAGGAGCAGCACCAUGAACAAGCGAAGCAGCUCCAGAGCCUGCUGCAGUGCCUGAAAGACUGCAGCACAAUUCCAGAGACUUUGUGGAGACGGGCCAGUGCCCUGGUUAGAAGACAGAUGGAAUUGCAUCAGCAGCAGCUGCAGCACGUGCAUCAGCAGCAGCGGGAAACUGUCACAGCCACGCAUGCGGACCAGCGCGAACAGGUGCGGCAGCAGCAGCGGCAGCACCUUCAGCAGCUUCCGACAACAGAGCUCCGCAUCAAAGUCACCUGGCACCACAACACUGUUAACGGGGUGCUGCAGCAGCACCACAGAAUGCAGAUAGCUGCGCUCAACGACACACAAAGACAGGAAAAGGAGAUCCUGCUGCAGCAGCAGCAGCAAUUUGAACGGGCUCUGGCAGGCGACCCACAGCAACAGGAACGCUGCAAGCAGCAGCUGCUGCGGACCAUGCACCUGCUUUCUCAGGGGCCGUUUGUCCAGGGGGAGGCAGAAGAGGAGCAGCAAACAACAGAACAAGUGCAGCAGCAGCCUCUGAACCAAAAGCAGGGGCAGCAGGAGCUGCAGCCGCAGCAGCAGCAACAGCAGCCGCAGCAGCAGCCGCGGAAACAGCCGCAGCAGCAAAAGACGCCGCAACAGAAGCCACAGCAGCAGCAACAGCAGCAGCCGCAGGAGCUGCAGCAACAGCCAGGGCAGGUUCACCAGAACCCUGAGCAAGAAAAGAAGCGUCAAGCAGCAAUGGAUGUUCUGCUGAAGCUUCGGCGGGCGCACGAAGAGGCCGAGCCUGAGCGGCAGCAGCUGCUGCAGCAGCUGAAGGCCCAGCACCAGCGGCAGCUGGAGCUGCUGCAGAGGGUAGGAGAGCCAGGGCUGAACUUUGCUGCAGAGAGCAGCAGCACGCAAGCCGUCCUCAAUAGCAUCUUGAAGGUGAUGGUGCAUCAGAAGAACCUGGACGCUCAGAAGGCCGAGCUGCUGGAACUCGCGGAGCGGCAGCUGCAGGCUGGCUGCGGGCUCAGCAGCAGCAGCAGCAGCAGCAGCAGCAGAGUGGCCAGCAGCAGCCGCAGCAGCAGCAGCAGCGCCGCCAACGGCGCCGACAGCUCUGCGAGAACCCGUGCGAGCAGUGCCAAGACCAGCAACAGCAGCGAUCCCUGGCAGGCAGCAGUCGCUGCAGCAAGUGCUGCAGCAAGUGCUGCAGCAGGUGCUGCUGCGAAGACACGGGCUGCGGCGACGAAGGCAAAUCGCUGGGCCUUUCGCCCCACAAGCCGCAACUCUCAGUGCUCGGCGCGAGCAGCAGCUUCAGCAGGCGCACUGGCUUCAGCAGCAGCGGAAGCAGCAGGGGCAGCAGCAGCAGCAGUAGCAGCGAGAGCGUCGCGCUACGCCGCUGUGCUGCAGAAGAUGCCGCAAGAAGAAGAAGCAGCAGCUGCGGGGCCGCCCAGAGACUCCGAGGGGCCCCCUGCUGCUGCUGCUGCUGAGCCCGAAGGCCGCAGCAAGACUCUCGACCGAAAGUCUUUGGUGGCUCGCGUGGCUUUGCUGCUGCAGCAGUGCGACGCCUGCUUCGCGCUUCCGAAGGUGGCAGUGGAACCAUUUCUGGACUUCGUGCGGUACAUUGUGCCUGCUGCGGAGCAAGGGGAGACGCUGCGGGAGCUGCAGCGGCAGCAGAAGCUGCAGCAGCAGCUGCUGCAGUCGCUACGGUCUUUCUCAGCAGCAGCAGAAGAGCUGCUGGCGCAGCACCCUGAGCUGCUGGUGGAAGUGGCCUCGCUGCGGCAAAAUACUCUCGACCGAGACAUGCAAGAAGCUGUUUGGCUCAGCAACUUCGAGAUCAGCAGCGCCGUGCUGCAGCUGGCUGAAGACACGCUGCACACGUUUCCGGUGGACCCGGGGGGGCAGCUGGCUGCGAUCCUCAGGCGCAUUGCUGCAGCAGCAAACAGCAGCAGCUUCGGGGACCCCGCUGCACCCCACUGGCUCUCCCGCUGCCUCCAAACUCCCCUUUCUCUCUUCCUCCCCACACAAGAGGCCCUUCUGCACGGCCCCCUCGUGCGCUGCCCCCCGCGGGGCCCCUCGGGCCGGCUCUCGCCUCCGCCGCGGGGGCUGCCCCCUGGGGAGUCUUACUUGGCUCCUCUUCACGGUGUUUCUCCUUCAUUUGCUUUUCCGGACUUCGAGGACUCCGAGCCUGGGGAGUCCAAGGGGGGCCCCCCGGGGGGACCCCCGGGGGGCAGUGCGGGGCCCACAGUCGCCUACCAAAAGCCCUACGGCCCCGGCCCGGGGGCCCCCACCAACACCGCCGCGCCGCCGCGGCCGGGCCGUGCCGCUGGGGCCCCCGCAGAUCCAUGGGGGGCCCCCGGGGGACCCACUGGGGCGACGGGGGCUUUUCUCGCUAGCCCGACAUGCAGGGAGUGCCCCGCGUGGCAGCAGCGAGAAGCCAGCAGACCCUACACUUGCAGACCCAUCAGCAAAAUGGAACGCCACCAAGUGGUGCAGCAGCAGGAACAUUUGCUGCUGGUGCACCACUUGGAACACGGGGAGCCAGAGCCUCCCCCAAAGCCCCCGCGGGCCCCGCCGAAGCAGCGGGGCCGCAGGCGCCGGGGCACUAGAGGCGCUGCUUCCAAGGCUGCAUCUGCUGCUGCUUCUGCUGCUGCUGCUGCUGCUGCUGCGGGGGCCCUAGACAAUUCCAGCAGCAACGGCAGCAACCACACGCACACUCGGACUUCGGCCCUUGGCCUUGCUUCUCGGGGGAUGCUUUGCCUUGGACUUUCCCAGCCCUUUGGGGCCCAAGGGCAGAGCCGACACGGCGCCCGCUCCUCCGCUGCUGCUGCUGCUGCUGCUUCUGCUGCUGGAGGCGUGAAAGUGGGGUCUCCUGAAAGAGUAGCCUUCAAAUGGCCCGAAAAGCAUGAGGGGAAAGUAGUAACUGUAGUGGAUUGGCGGCCGCCUCGGGAACAGCGCUUUGGCACAGCCAGUAAGCCAGAAACAAUUUAUAAUGCAGAAAUGCCCUUUCCUUCUUGCCUUCUUGUAGGGAGUGAAGAAGACCUCCACGCCCCGUCGGGGGCCCCUGGGGGCCCCGGCGUUGCUGCCUUUGCUUCCGUUUCGCCUGCUGCUGCGCUGCUGCCGGAAAGCGAUGGGGAAGCUGCUACAGGCGCAGCAAAACAGACGGAGCCGCUUGAGGAUGAUAUUUCUUUCCUGAAAUCUUUUAGAGAAUUGCUUAUGUGUUCUGUUCCGCACUCCUCCGCCUUCAACUGCUGCGAGCUCUUGGCUGACAGUUUGCGCAGCGCAGCAGGUCCUUUAGAACAUUCAGCUCAGGCCCGCAGACGCAGCCGAAACUUCUCCAUUCCCGAGAACUUGCUUGGCAGCCCACGUUCUGAGAGGAAGCCCAGGCAGCAGCAACCGAAGGGGGAAAAGCAGCAGAAGCGACGGAAGGAGGAGGCGCAACGCCAGCAACAGCAGCAGCAGCAGCAGCAGCAACAGCAACAGCAGCAGCAGGAGGAAGAGGAGCAGCAAGCAGAAUCGUCGACCCGGGCCUCGCCAACAGAUACAAAUACAGCACCAGACUGCCACGGUCCCUGCAGUGGAGGCAGCAAAGAAGACAGAUCUAUUCUUUCCUCAGCUUUUGCUGUCCGCACAUUAGACUCAGACAGCAGACGCUGCAGCGAGAGUCCUUGUGUGGGCCAGAGCCCGCAGCAGCAGCAGCAGCAGCCACUAGUCGCUGGACCGGCGGCGCUCACGGAUGGGUGCGGCAGGCGUGGAGGCAGCAGCAAUUACAUCCACGGCGCAGCAAUUGCUGCAGCCUCUGUGGCUGGCCCCGAAUCCCCCUUUGCUGCUGCUGCUGCUGCUGCUGCGGCCUUUGCGGAUGCUGACAUUGCUGCUGCGUUUGCUUCAACGACGUUGGGGACAAGUGCAGCUUCUCAAAAACGCAAAAGCCACCAGGACGCAGGCGGGGAGCCGCAGGCGCGCAGCAAACGAAUAAGGGGCACAGACAGGUAG